AUGGCCGACGCAGACGAGGGCUUCGGCCUGGCCCACACACCCCUGGAACCUGACUCAAAGGAUUUACCCUGCGACUCAAAAGCCGAGAGCGCCCUAGGAGCCCCCAGCAAGUCCCCCUCAUCCCCGCAGGCCGCAUUCACCCAGCAGGGCAUGGAAGGGAUCAAGGUGUUUCUCCAUGAAAGAGAACUGUGGCUGAAAUUCCACGAAGUGGGCACAGAAAUGAUCAUAACCAAAGCUGGAAGGCGGAUGUUUCCCAGUUACAAAGUAAAGGUGACAGGCCUUAAUCCCAAAACGAAGUACAUCCUCCUGAUGGACAUCGUUCCUGCUGAUGACCACAGAUACAAGUUUGCAGAUAAUAAAUGGUCUGUGACGGGCAAAGCAGAGCCCGCCAUGCCGGGCCGCCUCUACGUGCACCCGGACUCACCGGCCACAGGGGCGCAUUGGAUGCGGCAGCUCGUCUCCUUCCAGAAACUCAAGCUCACCAACAACCACCUGGACCCGUUUGGGCAUAUUAUUCUAAAUUCCAUGCACAAAUACCAGCCCAGAUUACACAUCGUGAAAGCAGACGAAAAUAAUGGAUUUGGCUCAAAAAAUACUGCGUUCUGUACCCACGUCUUUCCUGAGACAGCGUUUAUCGCGGUGACUUCCUACCAGAACCACAAGAUCACCCAAUUAAAGAUUGAGAAUAAUCCCUUUGCCAAAGGAUUCCGGGGCAGCGAUGACAUGGAGCUGCACAGGAUGUCAAGAAUGCAAAGUAAAGAAUAUCCUGUGGUUCCCAGGAGCACAGUGAGACAAAAAGUGGCCUCCAACCACAGUCCUUUCGGCAGUGAGCCUCGAGCUCUCUCCACCUCAUCCAACUUGGGGUCCCAGUACCAGUGUGAGAAUGGCGUGUCCGGCUCCUCCCAGGACCUUCUGCCCCCGCCCAACCCAUACCCACUGCCCCAGGAGCACGGCCAAAUUUACCAUUGCACCAAGAGGAAAGAUGAAGAAUGUUCCACCACAGACCAUCCCUAUAAGAAGCCCUACAUGGAGACGUCACCCAGUGAAGAGGACCCCUUCUACCGCUCCAGCUACCCCCAGCAGCAGGGCCUGAGUGCCUCCUACAGGACAGAGUCAGCCCAGCGGCAGGCCUGCAUGUACGCCAGCUCCGCGCCGCCCAGCGAGCCAGUACCCAGCCUGGAAGACAUCAGCUGCAACACGUGGCCCAGCAUGCCCUCCUACAGCAGCUGCACGGUCACCACUGUGCAGCCCAUGGACAGGCUACCCUACCAGCACUUCUCUGCUCACUUCACCUCGGGGCCCCUGGUCCCCCGGCUGGCCGGCAUGGCCAACCACGGCUCCCCGCAGCUCGGAGAGGGAAUGUUCCAGCACCAGACCUCUGUGGCCCACCAGCCUGUGGUCAGGCAGUGCGGACCUCAGACUGGCCUCCAGUCCCCUGGUGGCCUCCAACCCUCUGAGUUCCUUUACUCUCAUGGUGUGCCAAGGACUCUGUCUCCCCAUCAGUACCACUCUGUGCACGGAGUUGGCAUGGUGCCAGAGUGGAGUGACAGUAGCUAA